AUGAAGCUCGACACGUAUCGUGUGGUGAAGACCCUUGGCCAGGGAUCGUACGGCAAGGCGCUCCUGGCAAGGGAUCGCUCCACAAACAAGCAAUAUGUCAUCAAGGAGAUCAACCUUUCCAAGAUGUCAUACAAGGAGAAGAAAGAGUCCCGACAGGAGGUGAAGGUGUUGGCGGAGAUGAAGCACCCAAACAUCGUCUCGUACAAGGAAUCCUUCGAAGAGCGAAACAAGCUGUACAUCGUCAUGGACUACUGCGCCGGAGGCGAUCUGUAUGGCAAGAUCAACAGCCAAAAGGGCGUUCACUUCCCAGAGGAGCAAAUCCUCGACUGGUUUGUACAGCUGUGCCUUGCGCUGAAGCACGUGCACGACCGCAAGAUUCUGCACCGCGACCUCAAGUCGCAGAACAUCUUCCUCACGCGCGACAACAUUAUCAAACUGGGCGACUUUGGCAUUGCCCGCGUGCUGAAGAACACGCAGGAGCUUGCGCGCACGGCCAUUGGCACACCGUAUUACCUCUCGCCGGAGAUUUGCGAGAACAAGCCGUACAACAACAAGAGCGACAUCUGGUCGCUUGGCUGCAUUUUGUAUGAGAUGACGACGCUGAAGCACGCGUUUGAGGCCGGCAACAUGCGUGGGCUGGUGUUGAAGAUUAUCCGCGGCAGCUACCCGCCCCCGCCCAGCUACUACAGCAAGAACCUCAGGGACCUCAUCAACAAGUGCUUUGCGCGGCGCCCCAAGGACCGCCCCUCUGUCAACGCCAUCCUGCGUAUGCCCUUCAUCAAGAAGCGCAUUGCCAAGUUCCUUGGCGAGACCAUCUAUGCGGACGAGUUCUCCCACACGGUCCUCCACGCCAACAGCCGGCCCUCCCUCGCGCAGCCCCAGCAGCGCCGCGUUCCCCGACAGACACCACCACCACCAUCAUCGUCAUCAACAACAUCAUCCUCAUCAUCAGCAGCAGCAGCGCGUCGACCACCGCCAUCAUCAUCGUCAUCAGCAGCGGCGCGUGAUCGUAACCCGCGUGCACGGCCCGCCCCUCGCUCCCGCGCCGCCCUCAAGGCCAGCGCCAAGUCGAAAUUCUCCAAGUUUUCAUCGCCGGCUGCCAAAUACGGUGUGCCACUGCAGCGUAAGCCGCGACCUCGCCCCACAAGCGCCGCGCAGGCGCCCGCACGCAGCCGUGUUCCCGCUGUGCAGGGUGUCGGCAUCAAGGGUUCGCGUGCACCCGUGUCGAACCGGCGGAAGGAGAAAGCGGAUGAGGAGGACGACCGCGUGCGCGCAUUCAAAGCGCUGCAGAAGAAGCAGGAGGAGGACUACGAGCGGAAUGUUCAGGAGCGCCACCAGCGCAUGCUGGAGAAGAGGGCCGCACGCGCAGCAGGGCCGCAAGACGCGUACCAGCGGCGCGUUGUGCACGACUUUAAGGAGCGCAACCGCCAGGCGAUGAUCAACCGCGCCCGCGCCCAGGGCCUGCCCCUCGACCCAAGCUGGUUCGACGCAGACAAGAAACCCCCUCAACCUCAAGAACAGCAACAGCAGCAGCAACAACCACAACAGCAGCAGCAGCAACCUGCCCAGCCCAAGUCGCAACCCGGGCUGCGGACGUUGGUUGCUGCUGUUGAGCGCCGCGACGCUGCCCCAGCAGCGCCCGUCCCCGCACAGCAACAGCAACAGCGAGAGGUGGUGGUGGCAGCUGGCCGGGCACAGCAGGCACCGCCACGGCUGCCACCACAGGCGUGGGUGAUUGGUGGUGACGACGACGGCAACGCGAAGAAGAAGCAGAAGAGCAGGCAACCGUCGCAGCGGGAAGACAAGAAGGAGAAGCAGGAGGCAGAGGAGGGGGACGCACGCACUGCUGGGCCGGGUGUUGACUCGACGACCAUGAAGGUUGCGGCGCCACCACCAGACACGACGGCGCCCCCGAAUAUCGUCCAGGCGUGGCUGGAUCAGUUGACUGAGGAGGAACUUGAGGCCUCCCUCGUCGCCAAACGCCAGCAAAAUGAGCGCCGGCGCAAGUGGGGCGCAAAGGGACCAGAGCACAUCCCUGUCCUCGGCACCGUCAAGCCCGUGCAGUCUGGUACCGUCGUUGUGGCGUCGUCACAGCAGCAACAAGAGGAGGGAGGAGGGGAGGAGGGCGAGCAGUUGACGGCGGAUCAGCGCAAGCACUGGUCGCGCGGGCAGCCCAACCCAAUCAAGCUCGUCCCUGUUGGCACGGGCGCCAUCACGUUGGAUGGCACCACGGUCAUCGCCGGCGCAGCCCAGCAGCAGCAGAUGCAGAUGCAGAUGCAGCAGGGUGGUGAUGGUGGUGGCGCGGGUACGGCAACCACCGUUGUUGGGAGUGUCGUUGCGACGGCGACAACGAAGAUUGAGACGGAAGAUAGUGAAUCUGUAGGAGCAGCUGCACAGAACGCGGCAGUGAAGGCAGCAGCAGCAGCGGCGGUGGCAACAGAGAAUGAAGAGCAGCAAGCAGAAGAGGACGAGGAGGCCAGCGAUGAGGACAGCCAUGAUGACUCGGACUAUGAGGAGAUGCUCGCUUCGCUGAAGAAGAUUUUGGUGGCGCCAGAACGGAAAGCAAAGCCGGCAGCCGGCGGCGAUGGUGAUGGUGAUGGCGAUGGUGAUGGUGAUGGUGAUGGUGAUGAUGAAGGGGACGGGUACGAGAGCGAUGACAGUUUCUUCGAAGAGGAAACGUCCAACGGUGACGAUGACGAUGAAGACGAAGAACAGGAGAAAACAUUCAAGCCCCCCAAGACAGAAGGCGAAGUGGACAGCGGCAGUGGCGGUGCUGGUGACGACGACGACGACGACGACGACGACGACAUGGAUGCCAUGCUCGCUUCCAUGCAGCAGAUGCUGUCAACCUCAUCCAAACAGGACGAGCAACCCGGCACUACGGGCAGCGAUGAUGGCGAUGGCAGUGGUAUCAAGGCGGGCGUGAGCACCACGAAAGCAGCGGGCACCCGUGCAUCGUCGACGUCGACGGCUGCGAGGAAGGCGGAGGAGAGCGGGAAGAGUUUGUUCCAGCGGCUUGAGGAGACGCGCGUUUCGCUCGAGCAGAACUUGGGGGAGGACCUCUUCCUUGAAGGAUACUCGCUCAUCCAGAGCAUCCAGGAAACAGAGGACGAAGACGAGGAGCAGGACCUGCGCCAAUCACUGGAGGAAAUGCUUGGCGAAGAAAACUUGCAGCCUAAGACAAGGAAAAGAGGUAUCCACGUGGAACAGCUGCUGCACGCAGAAGAUGAUGAAGAAGACGAAGAAGGCGACAAUGAUGAUGAUGACGGCGAGGAGGAGGAGUACGAUGAUGAUGAGGAGGAGGAGGAGGAGGAUGCGACUGCGUUUGUGAUUGAGAAGAUUCGACUUGAAGAGAGCCUGAAGGCGCCACUCCCGCCAACAGACGACAACGCAGCAGCUGGUGACAAGGAAGACGACAAGCAGGAGCAGAAGGGCGAGGAGGAAGCACAGGAUGGUGGCAUGGUGCCCGGGAGUGAGCAGGGCAGUGAUGCUGUCAAGGAGAAGCAAGAGGAAGAAGAGGCAGAUGAGGUGGAGGAAGAUAUCUCUCGCCCAGCGCCAAAGUGGCACUCUGCUGCUUGA